CAGUUCCUUGGUGUGUGCUAUCUCCCCGGAGCCCAACUCCCUGUCCUACUGAUGGAGAAGCUACAAUCCAGCCUUGACAACCUUCUAGAAACCAGCCCCAACAUUCCUAUUGACCUCAAAGUGCACCUUCUGACGGGGACUGGCCGAGGGGUAGUCUAUCUGCACAGCCGCACUCCAUCCAUUGCCCAUCGUGAUCUGUCUGCCAAGAACAUUCUAGUCGAUAACGGUCUCAAUGCCAAGAUAGCAGACUUGGGUGUUUCUAGGAUUGUGAACAUUCAGCCUGGCCAACUAGCUGCCUCGAUGACUCAAAUGCCAGGCACUGGUGUGUACAUGCCACCAGAGGCAGCUCAAGAGGAAGGAGUCACACGAUACAACACUGCCAUAGACAUCUUCUCCUUUGGUGUGGUAUCUCUCUUCACACUGACACAAACCUUCCCCAGAGAUCUCAAACCUGCAACAUAUUAUGAUCCUGUAACUCGAAGGGUCUUAGCACGUACAGAAAUUGAACGACGUGAAGAUUACAUUGUUCCAAUGAAAGCAGCUCUUGGAGAGACCCACCCCCUAGUCCAGUUGACUCUUGCUUGCAUGGAGUAUGUAUCUGAAGAUCGACCCUCUGCUGUGGUAGUGUUGAGAGGAUUGGAGGAGGUUGAAACAACACUCCCUCAGGACUGCACCCAGACCAAGCUGGAACUGAUUCAACAAGUGGCUGUGAAGGAAGAAGCGAUCCUACAAGUUGCUGCUGGUGCUGAAAGAAAUGCCAAAGAAAAACAAAUUGAAAUGGAUCAGCUUCAACAACAAAUGUCUGUUCAAAUCGAUAAACUUCAAGAAGCCAAUGAUCGUCUUCAAGCUGAGAAAUGAGAGCAAAUUCGUGGACUGGAAGAACUGACCACUCUCCAACAAGAGCAGUUGAAAGUUCAACGCAAAGAAAUUGAUCAUCUCUCCAGUUCAGUGAGGUCUCUACAAAUACAGUCUCGGGAGGACCAACCUCAGAAGGCAACCACUCACAAAACCUCAAAAGAGAUCAAGAUUAUUGAUCCGAGAAUUGUAAAUGAAUUGCUCAAGUUGACCACACCACAACCAACUGUUCCUACUUUCAUCUGGGCAAAAUGCAAGGACAUCCCAAGGGGGAUGGGAGUGUUCGAUCUGCCUUUGGCUAUCAACGAGAAACUGUACAUGAAUGGUGGGAGUAACACUAGUACUGUGACUGUGCUAGUGUACACACCAGAUCAGGAUAGCUGGGAUGAGCUGUCACCUCCUCCAGUGGACCGCUUCACCGUAGCAACACUGAGAGGUCGAUUACUAGUGGCCGGAGGUAAAGACAAGUCUACUUCCAGGAAAACGAAUAUCAUCCUAACAUUCAAUGAAAGCCCUCGACAAUGGGUCCAGUCACUUCCACCCAUGCCAAAAGUAUUAACUUUUCCGGGAGUUGUUGUGUAUCAGAACCAUCUGAUUAUUAUCGGUGGAUAUGACUUAACCGGCGCGAACAUAGCUGAUGUAAAAAUUCUGGGCACCAAUAAUAAAUGGAUCACAGCCAAACGACUUCCCCGUACUAGAGAUAACUACAUCACUUGCAUUAUUGGAAACAUAAUGUAUAUUGUUGGUCAGACCACUAAAAAAGUUUUUCGAAUUCAUCUACCCUCCCUCAUAUCACGAGCCAGUUCUGGUGUGUGGGAAUCUGUCGCAAGUGUGCCAUUCUAUUGGUCGUCUCCGAUCGCCAUCGGCAAUACCCUCCUGGCUGUAGGGGGUAGUGUUAGUGGAGAGCACGGAAGCAACGCUAUCUCAAGCAUCCAUCUGUACGAUCCCACCAAAAACCAGUGGACACAAUGUGGCGACCUUCCCGAGAAAAUGUGCACUUGUUAUUGCAUUGAACUAUCUGGCAAACUGUAUGUACUUGGUGGUAGGAGAGGUGGUGUCACCAAUAGCAAAUCUGUGUACACAUACAGCAAUCCCAUCAUUACACAAUAGUAUAUUAACUUAUUUUACUUUAUAACUAUCCAAUGACUAGCUGUGUGUUCACUUUUGAUUUGAAUUUAUAUUUAUGUUUUUGUGAAUCAAGUAUUGUUGGAUGUAUGCAUUAAUUAAGUGAUUACAUCACCUCUCUAGUCUGUCAAGUUUGUUAUACUGAACAUGUUUUUGUUCGCUCUUGUGCAAUCUACAUAAUUAUGUAUCAAUGGAAUGUUCUAGAUCCGAGUCUCUUCAUGUUCUAUGGUUUUUAUUAGUUCUCAUUUUUGUGUCUCUGCACCACAUGAUAUGAUUGAAUGGUUAUUUUUUGUUGAAUG